UUUAUCCCUCGUGUAUUUCCGGGAGCACUCGGGUGCACUCGGGCCGGCCCGGCGCGGAGGGGCAGAGCUCCGUUGCUGCUCGUGCGCCAGACGGUCGCUCCUCAUUACCGCAGAGCCUGACGACACCUGAGAGUCGGCGAGAGCACCGAGUACACAGAACCCCCAUCGCCCCCCCACUGUGAGGAAUGAGGAACCAUUAGAAGCUCUGGUCCGGCUGAGAGGAGCUUAAAGUUGAUCGUGCACUUUCCCCAGGAGCGCGCCUCUCGUUCCCGACCCCAAUCCACGCAGACGUGCUCUUGAAUAACCAUCCGCUCAGAGGCAUCAUGGCAACGGGCGGAUUCAAACCCAACGCCCAGACGGACUUCCUGGAGGAAUGGAAAGCCAAACGCGAGAAGAUGCGUCUGAAGAUGCUGGGGGACAUCGCCGCGGCAACCGGCGCUAGCGCGGGUCACCCGGGUUCAGGUACCCCGGGCGCAGGUACCCCCGCAGCCCCCCUCGGCACAAGCCACAGCAACAAAAGCACCCCAAACAUGGAGCUCAAUAACAAUGGGAACGUGGAGCGCGGUGGGGGGUCCGCCGGGAACAUCGCGUCCGCGGCUCUGUGCCAACCCAUAGCGCGGUCCAUGUCGUCCCCGGCCCUGAAGAAACCCGAGGCGGAACCCCAUCCCGGGCCGGCCCCGCCAGGGGGUAACCUGAAGAAGCAGUCGGAUCAGAAGGCUCCUCCUCCUCCGUGCCCGUCGGGAGUCGAGCCCACGGCGGAGGUGGAGGAGGUGGACGGGGACACGUCCAGUCCGUCCCCCGGCAAGGGGAAGGACAAGAAGUGCGCGGGGCCCAGCGCCAGAAAAGGCAAGGGACAGAUAGAGAAGAGGAAGUUGCGGGAGAAGCGGCGAUCAACAGGUGUUGUCAGUAUACCGUCCAACGAGAGUCUGGAUGAGCUGGAGGAUGACGACGGGGGUGACCGGGAGAGGAAGAUGGAGCAGCAGCUGGUCCAGGCCAACACGGUGCAGAACGAGGCCAUGACCCCCAGCCCGGGAUCCCCAGAGUCCCCUGGCCCCCCUGGUCACCUGUCCCAGGAGACUCCGCGGUCGGGGGGCGUUCGCCACAAAAGCCCGUCUGCUGGUGGUUCGGCGGAGGAGGACAUGGGAGGAAGCCCCAGACAACUAGCGCCUCGCCAGCCCAGAGAACCCCACACCUCAGGGAGCCUUGAGAGGAGGUUGGAGGAGCUGGAGAAGGAGCUUCUCCGGGAGCGCCAGGAGAACAACAGGCUGCUGAAGGACAACGAGGAGAACCAAGACCUCAUCGGCAAACUGAAGGAGGAGAUUGACCUGUUGAACAGAGUAAGGGCGACAAUCGAGGAUGAGAACGACCAGCUGAAGCAGGAGAACAAGACGCUGCUGAAGGUGGUGGGUCAGCUGACCAGGUAGAAGCCACCGUUCGGCCAGGUGGGAGGAGGAGGAGGAGGAGACGAAGGAGGAGAACCGAAGAACCAAGGCCCCGGCUUCCCCCCACCUUGGGCAGAAAACAUCUCACCCAGCCCUCUGUCCACCCCUCCACGACAGGCCCUGCUUCAGCAGGCCACUAGAACGGACCAGAAGAUCUCUCAGCCACAAAGUCUGGGUGGCGUUCUCCAUUUCAGAAAUUAAAGGAAGAGAACUGGAGGCGAAAAGGGUUCUUGAGGUUUUUCCGGUGGUGGGGGUUUUCCUGUUUCGCUGGAGAGGAUCUUCCAGAAUGGAAUAUUUAAUGUAGAUUGUGUUGUGUUUUCUCUUGAAUAAAAGCUUAUAAAGUAUAGAAGAAGUCAAAUGAAUGUAGGACAAGUGUAGGUGUACUGCACCUUUCAGAGUUGUUCAGGCUAAAGCGAAACAUAUUCAAUCCUUUUUAGUCCACUUUGCUGUAAAACGUUUUAAAGGUAAACCAAUUCUAACAUUUUAUAUAGCCUCAUGAGUUAUGUGCUUUACAAACAAACGUGAUUUGAUUUAUCCAGGUGGACACAUUCUAAUGUGUUAGACAGGUAGCCUAGCGUUAUACAGGUUAACCUAUUCUAACUGGUUAGAUAUGAAACGGCUAGCCAGUUUAUGUUUUGUAACUGGUUAGCCAGCAAAGCGAUUCUAACCUGGGUUAGCAAUCCUAGCGAGGCUGACAGUAAACCGAGACCUAGUGCUCAACCAGGGAGGCUCUAUAGAGGAAUCAUUAAAAAAUGCUCUCUUGGCCUUAAAGACCUGGAUUAUAUCCUGGAUCAGUACCAUUGGAUCGAGCCCAUGGUACAAACCAUGGUAUAAACGAAGACCCAGAUCACUGGGUCUUCGAUCCCACAAAGUGCGCUAUAAAGACUUUUUAAUUAAAUUAUUUUCAUAAAGAAUGAUUCAGUGGCAGAUUAAUUUCAUGCCCCCUAGCAUCCAGUAAAAUGUUUAGCAACACUUUCAUUCGCAGUAGGAAAUUAAAGGUGAAAUGUGAAGGAUUUAGUGGCCUCUAGUGGUGAGGUUGAAUACAACUAAAUAUUCUUCGAAUUAAUUUGGUUAAGGUCCAAUCCCGUUACACCAAGUCUGUACUGCUUGCGACUAAAUUCAACACACUUCACCUUUCAAGGAAAUAAGCUUUGGAAACUUUGUAUAGUGCAACUAUCACAAAUAUCAUACUUUCAAUGAUAAAUCGGUUUCAAUGUGACUAUUUGGCUGGAAAGAUAUUCCAUUUUGUUUAUUCUGUCUCUAUUGCCUUGUUGUACAUUCUAUGUGGACAUUUCUUGGAAAAAAAGUCCUUUUGUAAUUCCAGAGUUUACAUGUGUUCAUUUUCUUAUCUUUAUUGGCGUUGACGCCAGGUGUUCUGAAUCACACCUGUGCCUUGUUGAACUCAAACCAAAUCAACCGAAGGGAAUGUGGCAUUCCAAGGAAGUACUAUUUGGACAAAGAAACUGCAUUUCUAUGUUUUUUUUUGUUGAGAACUUGCUAUGCUGGGAAAGCUAAGCCUCGCCCCCCUCUCCAGCUCCCCUCUAUCUGUAUAUAGAUCAGUACAUUCCUCUGAGAGGCGCUCUGUGAUUGGCCUUCGAGUCCAUGUCUCUCGGCGCGUGCCCUGGACAGACCCAGUGAGUGGCAAAAAGACUAACAUCUCUCCAUUUUAUGAUUUUAGACGCUCAAUUGACCACCGCUGUCAUAUCAUCCACCCUUCCGCACAUACACGCACCUCGCACAGACGUUUUGCACUUAAACGCUCACACACACAAUCACUCACACAGACAGACACAGACAUGAAGCAUCACACAGAGGACCACAUGGAAACGCACACUUGAACACACGCCAAUGCAUGCGCAUAAAAAUCUUAACACAUUCCUCCCACAUUGGAACAUAUAUACCCACGCACACAUACUCUUAAACGGGCAUGCAGUCUCAAACACACACAAUCACACACGUCCAUAAAAUCCACUUCCACCACAGACGGCCGACUCCUCUCUCCCUCCCCGUUGUGCGUGUGCAGCAGAUGAAGUGGUUUAAUAAAGGUCUGAUUAUCUCCCCCUG